GCGUUCCCGGCUUGUCCUCCGCUAACCGCCUGCGUCGGGGAGAUGGUGGCAGGUUUGAAUCCUCUGUAGGUGCUAAAUGAGAAACUAAGGCGAGAUCCUGGGUGUUGCAGCUGGAAAAGAAGCCUCCUGUUCCUUAAGGCGUCGGAAUCUGACGAGAUGAGCUGGGCUGUGGAAGAGUGGAAGGAAGGCCUUUCCACAAAAGCCCUUCACAAGAUUCAAGAACUUGAAAGUCAACUUGAGAAGCUUAAAAAAGAGCGACAGCAAAGGCAGUUUCAGCUGGAGUCUCUGGAGGCUGCUUUGCAAAAACAGAAGCAGAAGGUGGAAAAUGAAAAAAAUGAAGGAGCGAUGCUGAAGAGAGAAAACCAGAACUUGAUGGAACUCUGUGACAGCCUGGAGAAAACCAGACAGAAACUUUCUCAUGAACUUCAGGUGAAAGAAUCACAAGUCAGCGUUCAAGAAGGACAGCUCCUCUCAAGCAAGAAACAAACUGAAAGGCUUGAACAAGAACUUAAAAGAUACAAAUACGAACUAGAAAGAAGCCAGAAAACCUUUGCUGCUGCAGAUAUAUCUUUCAAUGGUACACCACAGAAGAACUUCGGUGCUCCUUCAACACCAGGUCACAAUGAUUCAAAGUUUGAGGAGCUUCAAGUAAAAUACAACAAAGAAACAGAAGAAAGGAGGAGGUUGGAAGCUGAACUGAAGAGCGUGAAGUGUCAGAUAAUGAAAACAAUCCCUCCGCAUCCCGAAAGUACUAUAAGUCGCAGAGAAAUUGCCCGGCAACAGGCUUCCUCGUCUGUGUUCUCAUGGCAACAAGAGAAAACGCCAAGCCAGCCUUUAUCCAGUAGUCAAGAAACUCCUGUAAGCAGCAGGUCAACGCCAUCACAUUUUCCUUGGGAAUCUGGGACAACUCCUAGUCACGAAGACCGGAGAUCGGCAAAGAAAGAGUUCACCAGCAGUGUCUCAGACAGUUGCAAGGACUCUUCAUUCAUUGACAAGAUGAAAAUCCAGAACCAAGAGUUAAGAUCCAGAAUUCAAGAACUGGAACGUAAUCUGCAGAUUCAAACACAGGAUUUGAAAUCAACCAUGGCUAAACUUCAGGAAACUAAGCUGCAGCUGGAACAUAUAAAAAUGGAGUCGACAGAAAAAGAUACAGCUCUGAACAAGAGUAGAAACGAAGUAACUAGAAUUAACGCACAACUUGACCAGACCACCAAUCAGCACACCGCAUCCGAGGAAAAGGUGAAAAGGCUUUCAGAGGAGCUGAACUGCCAGAGACAAAAUUUUGAAAGAGCCCAGCACUCUUUGCAACAGAAAAUGAAAGAGAAAGAGAAAGUGUACCAGGAGGAAGCAUCUCUCCAGCUCAAUCAGGUGAAAACUAAAUUUCAAGGGGAACUGCAUCAAGCCAAGAACAACUACAAUCUUCUUCAAGCAGAACUCGAGAAGACCCAGUCUGCAAAGCAGCAAUUGGAAAAAAAGGUUGAUGAUUUUUCACAGAAGUUGAGUCGAGCGGACCAGGCUGCUCAGGCAAUGCAGCUGAAGGAAAGCGAACUGAAAAAAGCCUGUGAGGAAACAAAGAAGCAAAAUAGCAUCCUUCACUGCCAGUUGGCUCAACAGUUGCAAGAAAUUUCUCAGUUAAAAGAAGAGCUAUGUGUAACCAAACAACUUCUGCAGCAGAGUCAAAACGUCGUUGAAGAUAUGAAAAAUAAAAAUUGCUCUCUGGAAAAAGAGUUAAAACUACUUGAAGAGAAUCUGAGCAAACAAGAGAAUCCUCUCACUUUGGAGAAAAUGAAACUUGCUAUUUAUGAAUUGGAAAACCAGCGAGAUUCUCUCCAGCAGCUUCUGAAGCACAAAGAAAACGCCAUUGAAGAGCUCACUGUAAAACUGGAGGAUCUGGAAGCUUUGCAGAAAGUUCUUAUAGAGUGUGAAGGACUUAAAAAAGAGGUUGAGGUUCUUUCCCAGUGGAAAAAAGAAAGUGGGCAACUCAUAAACGAACUUGUUUCAGAAAAAGAAGAUUUGAUGAGCAAGAUUUGCAGCCUGGAAAGGGCCUUAAUGACCGAACAACUUAAAAGUAAUGAGAGAGUAAAAGCUUUAGAAGGUAUGAAUGAAAACCUUUGCGUGGAGAUUAGAAAUCUCAAAGCUAUGGUGGGAGACAAAACAGCAGAGCUAGAAGCAGAAAGAAAAGCCCACAAUGACCUUCAGGAUAAAACAGCAGCAUCUGAGGAAAAACACAGGAAAGAGAGAGAAAACAAUUCGCUGAAAUUAUCUGAGUUCACCAAACAGGUGGAUAUUCUACAGAAAAAGCUGGAGACGGUAGCAGAUGAAAUGUUGGAAAAGGACAGGUGUAUGGCCUCUUUGGAAACAUCCUUAGCUUCCCACCUGCAGUUAAAAUCCAGCUUCCAGAAACAAUGUGAGGAGCUGGUCCAAGCCAGAGAUGAAACAGAAAGAAAACUGGCUGCAGCAGAGCAAAGGCAUAAAGAUUUUGUUAGGGAGAAGGAAAAGCGCAUAAGUGAGUUGGAAGCAGCUGUUUCUGAAAAGCAGGACUUGGUCACUAAGACUUUACAGGCUCUCGAGGAGAAAAACAAGUCAUUGCAAGCACUGAUUGCCGAAUCAGUUAGGCAGCACGCAGAGAUUCCGGAUUUUAAAAGCAGUAACUCUUUCCUUGAGGAUACAGUGCAGCAGCUGAAAGUUACGCCUCAAACAGUUAGCCACAAGGAACCAAUAUCCUUAAAUAAAAAGCUAAUUGAAGGAGUUAGUGAUGAAAAUAUUGGCCUUAAGAUUGAUAUCAGUGCCCUAGAGCAAGGAAAUCUAGACGUAAUGCAGACAAGCUUCCAUCUGUCCAAAAGCCUGAAGGAGAGGGAGGAAAGCCUCUUGGAGCUGUCAGAAAGGCAGAGAGAGAAAAGCUUGUUACUGUCUAAAGCCGAAGAAGAAUCAAAAAGGAAAUUAGAAUGUGCUUUAAGGGAGCAAGCAUGCCAUUUUGAAGUGGAGAAAGCCACAUUUGAAGAGCGAGAGAAGCGGCUCAUGAACGAACACGAGGAGCUGAAGUGUAAGGUCAUGUCCUUGGAGAAGAAAAAUAACACACUGCUUCAGCAGCUUGAAAAAAUGCAGGCAGCACCUGAAGAAACCAAGAUUCUAGGACAGGAAAGGGCAGCACUUAAUAAAAUGCAGCAUCAAAACGAUGUGUUGCUGCAAGAGAACGAGGAGCUUGUCAAGGAGCUGAAAAUAAGGGACGAACAUGCAGCUGGUGGCUUUACUGUGGAGAAGAAUUCACUGGGACAGCUGAGAGGAUCUGUGGAAGAAAAGGAGGAGGAACUGAAUAAAUAUCAGGUUCAGCUAGAGCUGCUUCAGAUGGAUCUUGAGGAUAGAGAGGCCUCAGUAGAGAACUAUGCUGAUCAAGUAAAGCAGCUGGAGACUGCUCUGAGAACUAUGGAAAUAAAACUGGAAGAGAACGAAAUGGAGAGAGAGAGGCUGAACCAUGAAUUGCAAGCUCUUAAAGUUGUGGAAAAUCCGUAUUUAGAGCUUACAGAAGGGGAAGGGAACGACCAGUCAGCAGCACAUUUCAAUGAUGUUUCCAAGGACAACUUUAGCGGACAGAUAGAUGCCAAGUGUUCGUCAGCUCCUCAUGAUCUGAUUCCCAGCCAAAGUGAUUAUGUCCGAUUAGUAGCCUCCCUACACAUGACAAUGAGCAAGCUAAAUGAGUUGGAGAAAAUGUUCGAACACCUGCAGAUUGAGAAGUCAACAUUAGCAUCACAGCUGAAAGACUCUCAAUUGAAAUGCAUCACAGGCGCAAUGGCAGAAGAGCUCAUCGGCAGAAUUAAUAAUGUAACAGAAGAGAGCGCGGCUUUUUCUGGUGGCUUAAUAGAUCACAGUAAAAUAGCAGCACAAUCUGAUAUUGAGCGAGUGCCCUUAAUAGCUCUGGAAUGCUGUGAUGGACUUGACUGCAAAGGUUUGAAGCAAUCCAGCAAAGAAAUUAAAAUGCACUUUGAUGGGGUCAAGGAAAAAAUCUUCUCUUUGAAAAAUGAAUAUAGCAGCUUGCAAGAGCAGCACUCGGGUAUGGCCUCCAAAAUAUCAGAGCUGCAAAGCUAUAUUGACAUGCUCAGGGAAGAAAAUGCUACACUAUCAACCAGCCUCGACCAAGUCACUAAUUCUUCCUUCACAAUGCAGGUAACCCCUAUUCUAAUGAGUGAAGAAUUUCAUUCGGAUGGAAAGUUGUCCAUGAGAUUUCCUUCUUGCAGCAAAAUCUCCUCGUGUACAAGUUCAACUCUUAUGGAAUCUGAUAUCGACUGUGAUCAGUACAGACCGUCAAAUGAAAUAAGUGACCUAAGUAGUAGCAAACAAGCUGAUCUAGAAAGUACCCCUGAGGAACACGGCCACUCUCUUUCAGAAGCGAAUGACAGUGAGACAUGGGCGUGUAUCAUGAAGAAGGGGCAUGCCCUGCCUGAAAAACAUCAUUUAAAAACGAGAGUCGAACGCCUCUUACGUGAGGCUUAUGAGAAGUCCUUCAGGAAGCUUGAAGAAUCAUUUGAGUCGCAUAAAAAUCUUGAAGAUGAAGAGAUACAAAAGAUCCAAGAGCUGCUCCUUUCUGUAAGGAAGGAAGUUGAUGGCCUCCAAAAGCAAAAUAUAUCUGAAAGCAAACAGUGGCAACAAAAACUUAAUGAUGUGGUCUUGCAGGUGGCAUCUAAAUUCCCAGCCGAGAAGAAACACCCUGACCUGUUGCCUCAGGAACCAGAGGAAGCACUGCAAGGCCUUCAUUUAGGUUCUCAGUCUCUGCUUUGUGUUGACACUGAACACGAAGUCCAGAUUCCCACUAAGAAAGCAAUCGAUCUCUUGGGUCAACUGGAGCUGCAUGGCAUGUCUAGUGAAAUCACAACGAUUGAAGCCGAGAAUAGUAAAAUAUCAGCAAGGGCAGGUGAAGCAAAUAGAACAGAAGAUGAAGAAUCUAUUUGCCAAGCAGUUGACAUGAAAUUUAGAGAAAGAUGCCUUCUGGACUUAGACACAGAAUCCAGAAAUGCAAUAGAUAUAUCCAUAAGUUCUCCAAACUCUCCUCGUGAGUUAUCAUUUCUUCCUUCUCAAAACACCGAUGCGAUGCUUGUGAACACCUUGGAAAGCCAAAGGCCCCCUGAAAAGCCUCUGCUAGAAGUAGAGCAGACAUGUAAUGAAAUUUCUACGCCCUUCCCUGACGUGGAGGAAAGCAGUAAAAGAACUGAUAUUCUACUAAUGGAGAUCCAAAACCUAAAGUCGGGCCUGGAUUCAAAGGACAAGGAGCUGGCUUCAGAGAGAACUGCUUGUGCAGAGUUGGACAAAACAGUUGUAGCACUCGAAAAAGAAAAAGGGGACUUAAAUGAAUCACUUAAGUCUGUUACUUUUGAUAACCAGCAAUUGACUUAUAGCCUUAUGGCUCUUGGAAUAGAACUUGACAAGGUAAAAUCUGAUAUGGAAACGUACAAGGCAAGACUGUCCGACACAACAGAGACUCUGGAAGAUUUGGAAAUGGACAAGGCCGACUGGACUGAGAGGCUUCUUGAAACUGAAAAUGAACUGAGGAGGAUAAAAUCUGAGAAAGCAAAUAUUGAGAACCACGCCUUAUCCAUGGAGACCGACAUUGAGGAGCUUCAGUUAAAGAACGAGCACUUGGAAAAAGAAAAGGAAAAUAAACUGAAAAGCAUUUUUGGCCUUCAAGAGCAGCUUCAUAUACUCGUCACUGAGAGAAACCAAUUUAGUCAAGAUCUGAGUGCUUUGUUGAAGGAUAAAGAAGAAUCGGAUCAAAUGUGCCAGAAAAUGCAAGAGACUAUCAAAGAACUUGAGUCAAGUAAACGGGAUUCUGCUGAAUUUAUCAGGAUAUUGGAAGCCGAAGCUAAUACUCAGGCAAAAUUGCUUCAGGCCGCGAAGGCCGAUACUCAUCGGUUAUCAACAGAAAAUGACAGACUUCUGCUGCAGUUACAGAAUCUGGAUCAGGUUAUGAGGGCUCUUGUGUUAGAAAAAGAGGCAGCGCAAAGCCAAAUAGAGCAUCUGAAUGAGGAAAAAGAAGUGAGCCUUAGGGAAUUUGAAACUUUACACAGCAAGUUAAGUAUCUCUGAAAUGGAAUAUGCCAAGAUAUCAAAGUCUCUGGAAGGGUCGCUUAUAGAAAAGGGUGAACUUGCAACUAGGCUGAACUCAGCACAGGAGGAGUUGUCUCAGCUGCGACGGGGCAUUGAGAAGAUCAAAAUAAAAAUAGAAUCCGACGAAAAGAAAAGGUGUCACCUUGUGGGAAAACUGAAAGAAAGCGAACGGAAAGCUGACUCCCUCGCAGACAAAAUUGAGAAUCUCGAAAGAGAAUUGCAGAUGUCGGAGGACAAUUUGGAAGACGCAAUUCUUCGGGCAGAGAUGGCUAAAGCAGAGACAGAAACAGCCACCGCGGAGAUAGAAAUGAUGCGUGCGACUUUGCAAAGCUUGGAAUGUGAGGUGAAUGUCUUAAAGUUAGAAAAAGGAUCUCUAGAGAGAGAGCUGAAAGAAAAUCAGGAUAAAGUAUCUGAUUUAGAAGGUCUUAAUUCCAUGCUUGUGAAGCAGCUAGAAGAAAGGGAGAAGGAGAAGUUGCAAAUUAGAGAUGAAUUUGAAAACGCACUGGUGUCGAUGGAAUCCCAGUUGAAACUGGCCAGCGAAGAAGUUAAACUUUCUCAUUGUGCAGAAGAGAAUUUCAAGGCAAAAGAACAGGAUCUGAUUGAUGAAGUUGCUUGUGUCAAAGAAGAGAAUGGACGGUUGGCCUAUCAUCUACAGGAAGCCAAACACAAAUAUUCUGAAAUAGAGUAUUUGCUGGAUGUCCUCGCCCAGCAAUUCCAAGACCUCAUACAAAAGCUGGAUGACAGCGAUCCUUUUCUGGAGCAGUUGCCAAAAAAUGAAACUCUGCAGUCUAGUCUUGAGGCUACAGAGGUGGAGUUGGAAGCUGCAACUUCUGAAAAACCUGCCUUCCUUGAAAAGGCAAAUAGCCAGCAGAAAAUAGGGCAACUCAAGACAAAAUUUGAUUCUUUCCAUCAUAGAUUUCAGCAUUGGCUGAAAGCCUACACAGAACUAAAGCAGGAGAAAAAGAUGAUGGUGAAGCAGAUUCAUGAACUUGAGAUUCAAGUGAAGAAGAUGGAUCCAGGUUCUGAUAGGAAUGCCACUGCAGAAGAGAUAAGGUUGGAGCUGGAAGAACUGAAGGAACUGGUUGAAGAGAAACCUGCAGAGGCAGAUCAAAACCUGGAUAAGUACUAUACCCUGAUAAUCAAUCACGAUAAAUUAGAGGACGAAAACGAGAUGCUAAGGACACAAGUCUCUCUUCUGAACACUCGGCUCAAACAGUCAUCAGGCUCUUCCAGUUCCCCUCUUCAAAGUCCUGGCAGCCAAACAAAAUUCACUAAUGGGCUGCUUGUGGAAAAGGCCUUAUCUGAAGAUAUUACUAAGAUUACUGUGAGGAGGCAAAGGUGUCAUGAAAACAGAAGCAAUGGUGAAAGUGCUACAUCUCCUUUUCCAGAGGCUGCCUCAAAACAAACUAAAAGAAGAACCACAUUUCAACAGCCCAGCCCAAAAGUGCCCCUAGAAAAUGCAGAAUUUGAGUCAGAUGGUUCCACAGAGGUGGGAGGCAAAGGAUCUUCUGAUGUUCCUCCAGGAAAUGGCAGCUCUUGCAUUUCCCACGGGGCAUAUCUAAUUCCCAGAGCGAGUCCCUGUCUUGUCCGUCCAAGCUUGAGAUCGCCACCGUUUACUGAUCACUCCCAAACAACUGAGAGCGACUGUUUGCUUGGAAACCAAAAAGCAACACCAGAGGGCAGCAAACUACAAAAGAUAAAUGACGCAUGGCUGCAAGAAAUCCUAGCUGCCGGUUCGCCCUUGGGCUUUGCUCCCAGGUCUCCCCUUUCAGCUUGCAACCAGUCAGCCCAAGCAGUUGAUGGAAGAUCUGCUAGGACCCCCAGUGAAAUUGAAACGAAAAGCCCUCAAAGUACUGAAGAAAACGAGCUGGACAAAGCCUGCCACGUGCAGUAAAUCUGGAUUCUGGACUUGAAACGGUGAGAGCAAAGGGUUGUUUAGGAACUGAAAAUCCUGAGAUCAGAUUUCAUUUGCCUGAUUGACAUCCGAUGCUCUUUUGAAUGUGUUGUGGGAGGAGGAGAUUACUGGGUUGUUUUUGUUCUUAUGUAUUUUGCAUUUUUUUAUAUAUUUCGAUUUUAUGCUACGAACUGUCCUGAGAUCUACGGAUGAAGGGCGAUAUACACAUUUAAUGAAUAAUAAUUUUGUCCAUUUGGUUUUUUCAUCCAUCUCCCCCCUCCCCACCCUCCUAAAAUAUAAUAAAAAACCUAAACAAACUAUUGCUUUUGUGUAACUUCUUUCCUGGUAGUUUUUGAAACUCAAAAGCUUGUUCCGUUUUUGCGACAUUUUGGUUUGUCCCAAUAAAGGUAUUGCUGUUUUGGAGAUUUUCUUUUCUUAUGAACCAACACAGUUUGUGUGCGAUUUAGAAAAUAGUUGUCUUGAAAAGGAAGGGGGGGGAGCAAAC